UUUUCACUACUGAGUUUCAUUUUAAUCAAGUCGGUGUUGGCGGUGCGAGCGUGGCUCUGUCUCCUUGAAGGAAUCGAAGAGAGUGUGAAAGAGAAACAAAAAUAAAUAUUUGUGAAAUGUACAGCAAUUGAAAAAUAAAUUAUUAAGACAAAGAAACAUUCUUAAAGUACUAAGUGUUAUUAAUAAGAGACUGUUGUAGGAAAUUAUUCGCAUAAUGGAAGAUCUAGUGCAACUAUACGAUAUCACCGAGAGUGCAUCCAGAGAAUUAGAACAAUUAACAGAGGAAUGGUUAGUAAAAUUGCGUGCAAUUUUGUUUGGACACUCAGCCAUACCGGCAGCAGCCAAAGAAGUGUUGAAAGAAAUUCCAGCGGCGUCACCCCAACAGACGAAGAAGCGUGUAAAGCGUCUUUCCUCAUUGAAUGAAGAGGAGGGUGAAGACAAAUUUUCUUCAAAUUUAGAUAAUGAUCAUUUAGCUGAUAAAAAUAAGAAAAAGGAAGGAAAAUUAUCAAAGGGUCAUGUCUCGCCACGUAAAAGUAAACGUUCAAAUGCCGAUCUUCUGGCUGUUGCAGAAACAAUGGAAAAUACUAAUCCACCGCCAGAGACAGAAGUUCCUGUGCCAAGAAAGAGACAGACUGAUGUGGAAACGGAUAAAAAGGAAACUACGGCCCCAGCUCCAGCUGCUGAGCGUAAAUCAGAAGCAUCAAACUUAAUGCCUCCACCACCUGCCCCCAUAGUAACAGCCGCACCAACAGAAGAAGUUGUUACCUCGGGUAGACCCAAGCGAGAAGCCAGAAUAAAAUGCGAAAAGAAUCUUAAGGAGCCAACAUUGAAAAAUAAAAUGCGCCAACCUUCUGUCAGUGAAGUUAAAGUCAAACUUGAACAUGAACAGCGACCUUCGCAAAUGCAUGAGAAAUCUUCUUCGUCUCAAAAGACUGCAACGCUCACUGAAAAUUCUCCUGAAGACACAAUAGGUAGCGUCAGAUCAACUGACUCCAUAUUGAUUUUGCCACCGCAAAAACCAGCAUGUAUAGUUAUAAAUGAGAAUUCAGAUGAUGAAGGAGUUGGUUCCACUGCAACAUCUGGAGAGGCAGAAGCUGCAGUUCCGAACGAACCAUGUGCGUCCGAAGAAAAUGGUGUGCCAUCCGAAUCAUCAGACGCUGGAACUCGAAGUUUGCGUAUCAAAAUCAAACGAGAAAAGGUUAGUCUACCAUCGCAGAAAGAGAGUGUCGAUGAAAGUGUGUUCAAGGCACCAACCACUGUACCACAGCCAUUGCCAGCAGCAGCUAAGUCAGAGACAACUACCCUCGAAGAAUCGUCAAUGGCCAGUAACAGUGUAUUGUCUUCGACAACAGCAUCAUCAACUGCAGGCAAGAAAACUCGCAAGAAGAAGGAAGCUCCGAGACCUAUCAAAGUUGAACGUUUCAGCGAUUUGGAUCGGAAACCUUCGCCAAUAUCUUCACGCACACGCCAAGGAAGUACGGGAAGGCGAAUGUCUCAAAAUGAAGAGAAGGAGUUGGAGCAAGAACAGGCGGCCGAAACAACAAAACGUGGUGCAUCUAUUUAUGAAGACGCUGUGGAGGCCCCACCAGUCAAUAAUUCGAAAUUGGCUGGCAUUGUUAAUGAAACAGUAAAUCUAGGACCAUCUCCAGUUCCUGCCGAUGCUACAAUCAACUUAGGUCCAGUACCAGGCGACGCUACCUUCUGUACAAAUCCAGCUCAAACAACUUUCCAAGUGACACCAGGACAGACGACAUUUGUUGUAGAAGGUAAUCCGAACGCUACGGUAACCUUGAAUCAAAAUUCCGGAGCUGAUGCUACGUUCGAUGUUCGAACAUCCACCAAGGCCGAUAAACAUGAUGAUGACGGGGCCGGACAAAGAUCAUUUGAAACGGCAAAAGACUCGUCAAUGCCACAUGACGAAAGCCUUCUCACGGAGGAUGAGUCAAUAGAAAAAGAGCCACCAGCACCUGCCCCUGUACCCGUCGCUAAAUCCAAAUCAUCCGCCUCGGCCAAGACAUCAAAAACAUCAGCUUCUGCCAAAGCUACAUAUAAAAUGCCAACACGUACCAAUGAGCUUUUUAACCCCUUGGCUCAAAGUCCUGUAAAAAUGCGGGUUGAAGCAUUUGAAAAUGCUGCUGCUGCAGCUUCCGAACAAUCUAAAAGACCACAACGUGGUAAAAAGGAAAAUGUUACUCCGAACGGAUCUACAACUCCUGUCAUUGGGAAAUUGCCAGCUCCCGCACUUGGUCGUUUCCUUACACCAACUCAAAGUUCUAAUGUUGCAACAACGGGUAGUGCAGUGGCUAAAAAAGUCCCCACCAGUGCCUCGAAAACAAUGCAGAAAUCUGCCAGUGGUAUGCUACAAAGAAGCGCCUCCACGGCAUCUAGCACAAAGACUUUGCAACGUGAGAACAGUGCUGACGACUUCCGCAAAGGCCUACACAAUUUGGCCGAGGAACGCAAGAAACAACGGGAACAGAAACAUUUGUUGGCCGCACAGCAACGUGAAGCGAAGGAGCGCGAGCGCGCCGAACGCAUGGCCAAAUUAGCUAAGGAACGAGAGGAAAAACGUUUGCAGAAACAACAGGAGCAGGAACAAAAGCGACGUGAACUAGAAGAGAUACAACGAAAAUUGCGCUUGCAAGAGGAGGAAGCAGCCAGGGCUAAGGCUGCCAAGGAACGUGAAUUGCUAUUGCAAAUGAAACAGCAGCAAAUGCACGCCAAACAGCGAAUGAUGCCACCGCCACCGAAGGCAACAUCGAAAUACACAUUUGAAAUGUUACACGAAGAUGACUCUACCGAUGAUGAGGAUAAAGUUUCAUAUAAACGACCUCCACCACCGUCAUGGAGUCGAACUCACAAACGUGAACCUUAUGUUUUGAAGCAGGAGUACACUCCGUCGAGUUAUAUUGACAGUUUCUUCUCGGUUCAACCCAUGACCCCAGAUCUAAAACAGAUUUUCCCCAACAUAGAUUCACGCCAUUUGAAACGCAAUUCCAGUGUCUUAUGGUCAACACCACCUCGUUACUCGGAACUGCCAAAAUACUAGAAAAUAUUGAAAUCACAAAAAUCGCUGUUUUUUUUUUUUUUUUUUUGUAAUCGCUUCGUGUUGUUUUACAAGAUAUUGUCUUUAUUUAUUUGUAAACCGUAUUGUAUAAAUAACAAUUUACAAUCUCCCUGUUUCUAUUUGCCACUAAAAUGAAAGAAAAAUCACAUUUUCGAUUGGAAAUAUCAUUUUAUGUUUCGUUAUAACUUUAUAAUCGAAAUCAGAAUUGAUGAUCGGUUUCUUAUUGUACGCCAUAUAUAUUGUUUUAAAAUUAUAAAUGCGAAAUUAUUUUAUUUUAAUAAAAACCCAUAUUGUAUUACAAAAA